AUGCAACACAAGAGAAGGCUCGAAGCCGAAACUCGAGCUGAAAUCUCAGUUAAGAAAGUUGAAGAACUUAGCCCAACGCUUGAGAAUUUCGAUGAGAAGUGGUUCUUGUCUAAACUUGGGCUUACACAGAAUAAAACUCAGGAAUAUGUAAUGACUCUAUGGCAUCAACAUCUUAGCCCAAAUCUUCAUAAGAAAUGGAUUCCAAGAAUCAAAGACGCAAGUGUAACAUUGACCACUUAUCUCGUACCAAAACUUCAAUAUUUAACCGAUAGUUCCGUCGAGGUUUUCACACCAUAUCUCACUCAAGGAUAUAACGUUUCAGACUAUCUUGAGGUAAACCGAAUGAUGACCACCGGAAGACUACAUUUGGAGAAAGUACAGGUUUCCUUAAGAGUCAUGUACAGAAAACUCAAGACGUGGCUUCAAAAAGUUGGUUAA